AUGUCGAAACCAAGGGAUGUGGUUCAAAAGAAGCUGGACACUCUAGCCAAAGCAGAGCACUUGACAAAGACACUUGUAGAUGAGUUGACGAGCCAGGAUGGGAAACUCUCGACACAUGCCAUAACUGAAAAAUCAAACAAGAUUAGAGGGUUGCUUCAGAGCAUAGGGAGAACUGUAGAGCAAAUUAAGGAAUCAGCCUGGGAGGAAGAUCGAGAAUCAGACACAAGAUUGAUUUUGAGGUUACUGCAGCCAUUAGAAGACGAACACGAAAAAUUGACUGGAUUGUCUCGUAAAGCUAUAGUGACAGCAAACAGGAAUGCUCAGUUACAGGCAGAGGCAGAUAGACAAGAGCUCAUGUCAAAAGGCACUUCGGAAGCUGCUGCUGAACGAAUCAAACGAUUGGCAUCAAAGGACUCGGUCAUUUCAGCUAGUAAUGAACUGACGGACUCGAUGCGAGAAGCAUUGAAAAUGAUGUCUGAAGAAGUCCAGAAGAGUACAGAGUCUGCUCAAGUGUUGGCUUCAUCCACCGAUACCCUUGCACAAACAUCAGACAGAUACAAAGUAAUCGACUCGGUUACAGACUCAUCCAAGAGACUCGUGCUGAGUAUGAGCAGGCGAGACUUGAUUGAUCGAGGCAUGAUUGUCUUUGGAUUGGUAGUGUUUCUGGGCGUGGUGCUGCAUAUAGUGAGAAAGAGGAUAUGGCUGCCUGGUGAUGCAUUCUGUACUGGGAAGGGAUAUCUAUGUUAA